AUGGCAUCCAGCCUUACUUGCACUGGGAUGAUCUGGGCACUUCUCUCCUUCCUCUGCGCUGCUGCCUCGUGCAUAGGAUUCUUUAUGCCCUACUGGCUGUUGGGGUCUCAGCUGGAGAAGUCAGUGUCCUUUGGCACUUUCCGAAGGUGUUCCUAUCCAGUGCGUGAUGAGAGCCGUCAGACUACAGUGAUGGUAGAGCAGUGUGGCCGCUAUGCAUCCUUCCAGGCCAUCCCAAGUGCUGAGUGGAGGAUCUGCACCGUGGUGACGGGGCUGGGCUGCGGCCUCCUCCUUUUGGUGGCGCUGACUGCACUCAUGGGCUGCUGUGUGUCCGAGCUCAUCUCCAGAACUGUGGGCAGAGUAGCAGGAGGCAUCCAGUUCCUGGGAGGCUUGUUGAUUGGCUCUGGCUGUGCUCUCUAUCCUUUGGGUUGGGACAGUGAAGAGGUUAGACAGACCUGUGGUAACCUUUCCAAUCAGUUUGAAUUGGGUACUUGUGAAAUUGGCUGGGCUUACUACUGCACCGGAGGAGGAGCAGCUGCCGCUAUGUUAAUCUGCACUUGGUUGGCCUGCUUCUCUGGCAAGAAACAGAAACAGUACCCUUACUGAGGCCGGCGGCCUGAAAGUCCAGUUUAGAGAAUGAAUGAGCUUCGAGAUGCAGAAGUGACUUACAGACUUCUUCUUCUGAAAAAAGUGCUUUAGCUCCUAACUGCAGAACAGUCAGUAUGAAAUGAAAAUGGACAUGGUCAAGGAUGUGAGGUGACACUGUGAAUUGUGGGGAGGAUGGGGAGUCUGGAAAGCUGGACCAAAUGCUGCAAAUCUUGGAAGGCAUGGACAGUUCUUGCUUGACAGAAUAUAUUUCUGGUCUGUUUGGAAGAAUACAAUUUUACGAGCAAGGAAUGCUCCCCUUUGGUAAAUUGUGACCAUAUGGGUGUACCAAUAAAUUGAAAGACUCAUGAAAAUAAUGUUUUGGGUAGGGUAUACUCUUCCAAAAUUCCCCUUAAGCACAACACUCCUGAAAGUGUGCGUGCACACACACACACAUAUAUAUAUAUACACACACACACACACACACGUAUAGAACAUGGCACAGAACAAAUAAAAUGCAAACUUAUUGGUGCAUUUUUUUCCUUUUUUUUUGUUCAUCUGAUGGUUUAAAAUUCAACAUUAUACCACUUUUAAAAUUACACAUGAAACCUAAUAAAUGGACCAAUAAGCCACUUUAACAAUAUUUUGUAUAUUCUCUCUAGUCUUUUCCCCAAAACAUUUAUUCACUGCUUAUUCAGCCCUAUAGAAUUUUUAUUUAGCUUCUGUGUUUUCAGCAUUAUUACAAAAAUGCAACAUUUUACUCAGCAUAUAUAGGGGCUUUGCCUAUAGUACUAUUAUGAAGGGCAGUAAAUGGACAUCUUUCAGUCCAGGGAGAAUUCCACUCAUGGUACUGUAGGAUAGUGUUGGUUAUAUAAGACUAAUGGGAAAUGUCUUCCAGAUAUAGAUUUUGUCAUUGUUAUGUUUAACUCAUUGUUGUUGUAUUGUACUGUACCAUGUUUAUUAUUUCAAUAUUCAUUUUUGUAAAAAAAUAUAUAAAUGUGCUAUUAUGUUUGUAUUUGAAAAUCUCUGUAAAUAAAUUUUUCUCUGACCA